UUUACAGGAAAAUUAUCUAGUCAACCAAUUGAAGAUUCAGAAUCCUUCCAUCCUUGGUCAGAUACCUUCCAUGAGCAGUGGGUGUGGAGUAGUGAGGAUAAAUCCCCUUCUGUAUACCUCUGCCUAAACAAUAAGGUGGCUUGUUUCUACAUUGACCCAGUCAUUGAGAGCACGGGAACAGCAGGUGUCCGUGGCACCAAGGCCUUCUCACAUGGGCAGCAUUAUUGGGAGGUAAAGUUGAGUUCUGUGUUUGGCACAUCAAUGAUGAUUGGUGUUGGCACAAAAGAGGCCUUGCUUCAAACAGCAGACUUUGAGUUUGUAGAUUUGAUUGGAAGGGAUGAUCAGAGUUGGGGGUUAUCAUAUAAAGGCAAGGUUUGGCACAAUGGUCAAUAUAGAAGUUACUGUGAGCCAUUUUAUGACUCAACAGUGAUCGGUGUUCUUCUUGAUAUGGAUGCAGGAACUCUUUCUUACUUCAAAAAUGGAAGGUCUUUAGGACUUGCUUUCACAGGCUUGUGUAACAAAGCAUCAGAGCUCUACCCAAUUAUUUCAUCUACAUCAACACUCUCCGAGAUAGAACUGUGUGACAGUACAUGUAGAUAUGUCUCACUGCAGGAUCAGUGCAGAAUGACCAUAACAAAGCUUGUUGGUAAAGACCAAAUAGAUUAUCUUCCACUGCCUAGAGGAAUCUGCCAGUCUCUAAAAGGCAUCUAA